AGCACAUGCUAAUCUGAUCUGGGCUGGCUAGUAGGGAGUUGAGUCUUGCAUCCCAAGGGGUUCAGGCAACUUACCUUUAGCCCAGCCCGUCCUAUCUCCCCUUCCUCUCUCUCUCUCUCUCUCUCUUUCCCUCUCCCCUGACCGUGUCUGGUGUCUGGUGUCUGGUAGAUAAAUACUUUCAUCUCAGUCCAUGCCCGUCUGUGGCGUCAACCUCGUCACCACUCACUGCACCCAUUACACAACACAUCCGUCUCCGUUCCAGCCGCCUUUCGCUCUCCCUCUUUCUUCCCCGUCACUCCUACUCCAACUCUCCCUCCCACACGUUCUCUCUUGCCGCUUUGCCCCGAUUGCCUCCCCCUCUCUUGGUCUGAACCUCACCCUGACCGAUCUUGACCUACAGCUGUUCCCAAUUCUCUCCUUCUCUCACGAGACUGUGCCCCCGAGCCUCAUACCAAAGCUCAAGCACGCAACAGUAGUACCAAGCACGAGCAGUGCUGCCGCAGCAAACCACCCUUCGACCUGACUUCGCCGGGCCUGCGCGCUUCGACGAAUCAACAUCACCAAGCUCCCAAUAUCCCCAUUACCUUUUUUCUAAAUGCCCAAAAUGGCCCAAGUCAACGGCGACCUCCCGAGCGUGAACUCGGCAGCCAUUCAGCACCUGCUGGAUUACCCUGCGGUACACGACAGUGUCGUCACCUUCAGGAACAACCCCUACGGCAAGAAGUCUGUGGCUUUGACCGAAUCCGUCUAUAAGACCUUCGCCGAGCCCCUUCUCCCUUUCUUCGCUCGUCCCUGGGGCUACCUGCGUCCGUAUGCCGAAAAGGCAGACAACCUCGGUGACCAGGCCCUGUCGGCAAUCGAUGAGCGCUUCCCCGUCGUCAAGAAGCCCACUGAGGAGCUCUAUGCCGGAGCUAAGGGCAUUGUUGCUCUUCCCUUCCGCACAGGUUUCGAGGCCAAGGACCACGUCCUGAAGACAUACAGCCAGGAGAAGAAGAAGGUCGGCAACGAGAACGUGGUCGCCUUCGGUAAGGCCGUCGUGAGCACCGCCCUCAUCACCACCAGCGAACUCAUCAUCUGGGUCGGCGACGUCAUCCACUACAAGAAGGAGGAGGCCAAGGAGGUCGCCAACGAGAAGAUCAACAACUAAACAAAUCCCGCGGCUCCGUCCUCGGUACAGCCGACUGAUCUUUCCCUCACCAUCACCCUCCAUUUCAUAUACCCUUCUCCCCUCCCUCGCGGCCAAAUCUCAAACCGACUCUCGAACUAUGCUUGGGUUCUUGGACCGCAGUCAUGACAGCGGACGCUUCAACGACAUACAGCAACGGAACGGAACUUAUACCUCGGAUAUAGGGUUUUUUAUGUACUGUUUACGUAUUGUGUUUUAUUUUCUAUGUCUAUUUCGAUUAUUGGUGUGGUGUACAAGAAAGGGUAUCUAGUGCGCCGCUCUGGCCCUCCAUUCCGGGGCAAAUCGAUCGAGUUGGAACUCCCUUAGCAGGCGAGAACGGCUCGGCCACGACACAAUGCUUUCCCUGAAGGUUGAUCACUUUUCGCCACGAAAGGCAGCAUAAGUCUGACUGGGUGCUGCUCUCUGACGGAGGGACAAGUUUCACUGGAGCUGGAGUUGGUAUGGGACAUCGUGAUAAGGAUGAAAAUAAUAGAUACUUGUGUUUCUUUUG